ACUCCAAAAAAUUUCCCUACUGAUUAUAUUGCAAACCAAGUUCUCAAUCAAGAUUAGUAAAAUGAAACAAAAGAUAGUUAUCAAAUUAUGCAUGGAUGGGAAUGAUCAGAGAUCUCGGACCAAGGCUUUCAAGAUUGCUGUUUCUCAACCAGGAGUGGAAUCAGCAGCUAUGCAGGGAAGCAAAAAUUACGAAUUACAAGUGUUGGGAGAGCAGAUUGACGCAGUAAUUCUUACAAACUCGCUUAGGAAGAAGUUGGGUCAGGCGCAGCUGGUGAGCGUUGGCCCCGUUGAUGAUGCGGACAACAAAAAUACAAAUUCUGAUACAAGGUCUGAAGCUUCAGCUACCGUGCCUCAGUCGCCAGCCUACAGUUACCCUGUUUAUGCUGUACCUCAAUACCCAGUUUACGAAGUUAGAGACUCGAAUCUAGAAUGCUGCUCCAUUAUGUGAAUGCCAGCUUGAAUUAUCUCAUAUGGAACAGUCUAUAAUACCGGAGCUUUUCGUUUGCACAAAUCUACUUAAAGAGCUCAGCAGAGCAGUACUUCUAAGGAUUUUCCUUGUUUUUGGAUUUGUAAAGUCAUGUGUCUACCCUCGAAGUCCGAUAGCAAUUGAAUUUAUACGCUGUUUUAAGAAUACGUGAUAUAAUUUGAUACAAAUUGAGAAAACAGAUUAAUAUUGAAAUCAAUGACAUAACUGUAAUUGCAAACCGCACGAGUUGAACAGUCUUAGCCUUGAAGGUUGGUCAACCUCGAGUCUAGAAGUUCUUCAACCGAUGCCGGAACAGAAUGAUAAGGUAACAAGAAUUAGAAAUAACAGUGUAUUGCUUUGA